AUGAAGUACACUGCUUCUGUGCUGCUGGCCUCUGCAGGCUUAGCCACUGCCCUCAUUCAGCAAUGCAGCAGUCGCGAGGCCGUCGAUGAGGGCGGCAACUGGUUCUGUGGUGCCGUGGACCAGAUCCUCUACGAAGGGAUCCAAGGCAAUGGCAGUUUCAAGGCAGUAACCAAAAUGAGCGAUGCCGGAGAAUGCCUUCAAAAAGAUCAGUCCUACCGCGGACCAUUGGCUCCAUUGGACCAAGAUCUCUCUGUCCAUUUCCGAGGACCUCUUGAACUCAGGCAAUUCGCCGUCUACAACCUCGCUUCAAACCAGAAGCGCAACCAGAUCGAUCUUGAAGUCGGCGCUGGCAAAUCUGGCACCGAUGCCCGGGUGCAAGGAGGCGAGAUCGAGGCUGGCCCUGAGACAUCCAAGAUCUCGGCACGACAUAGACACGGCCACCGGUUUCUACACCGUGCUCAGCGGGACAAGCGAGGUGACAUCGUAACUGCUACCAUCGACGGCAAGGUUGUGACAUGGGAGAACGACUACUUACCUACUGCCACACCCAACCCUGUCCCGGCCCCGGCUCCCAAGGUCCAGGCCGGCGCAGGCGCUGCUGCUGUGAAGGAUAAGGAUGCUGAUGCCGAUACCACUGCUACUACGAGCAAGAAGCCUGCUGACAAGAAGCCCACCGACAAGAAGCCCAGUGGCAAGCCUGCCCCCUCGGGAUCUGACUGGGAUCGUGUGGCUUAUUACAACGCUGUGAAGCAAGUUUCCGAGAACAUCGUCUUCAUGGGCAACCACGGCGGCCAGGGUUCCGGGGUUUUCGACACUGUCUGGGGCCUUUCCCUCUCGUACCUCAACUCCACCGGCACCGGCGGCGCCUCGUCGCCCGAAAUCCUCGAAAACAUCCGGAUCCCCUCCAACACGGAAUUCUCCAUCUUCUCGAAGGAAGAGUGCAACGGCAGCUGCGGCUUCUCGCGCGUCCCCUCGAUUGCCUACAAGGGCUUCGGCGGCGCCAACAAGGUCUUCCUCUUCGAGUUUAAGAUGCCCUCGGACGGGACGCGCUGCCCGGCCGGCACGCGGCCCGGGUCCCCCGGCUGCGCGAACCCCGACAUGCCCGCCGUCUGGGCCCUCAACGCCGCCAUCCCCCGCGCCGCCCAGUACAAGGGGUGCUCGUGCUGGGGCACCGGCUGCGGCGAGCUCGACAUCUACGAGGUCCUGGCCCCCGGGGACUCCAAGUGCAAGAGCACCUUCCACAUGGCCAACGGCGCGGGCAGCUCGGAUUACUUCAAGAGGCCGACGGACGAGUACAUCAAGGUGGCUACCGUUUUCCACGAAGAGACGGCCAGUGUAUCGAUCAAGAAGCUGUCGGACGAUGUGGACUUUGCAAAGGGCCUGGAUGACGAGACUGUGCUGUCGUGGUUGAACAGGCCGACGGAUGACAAGGCGCUCAAGCUGAGCAGCUUGUUCCAGCUGUCGAGCUGA